AUGCAGCAGGAAGCGGUCAGCUGCCGCAUGAGCGGCGCGGCCGGGGAGCCCGGCGCCCCGGGGGCGAUCACCCUGGAGGACCUGGACAGCAUGGCCGAGGAGCAGAGCCCCGACUCGGCUUAUCACAGCAACGGCUGCAGCCAGGACGACGACGCCGAGCAGGAGCGCCUGCUCAGCUACUGGCAGAGCGUGGGCAGGGGGCACCAGGUGGACGUGCCCAGGGACAUGGCAGAGCCAAUCCAGCAACUGACCAGAAAUAAUCAACAUCAGGAGAGGGAAAGUAUCCCAUUUACACUGAUACACCGCAAAGAAAAGUUUGGGGAAGUGCUUUACGAAAAACGUCAGUAUGGAAAAGCUAAAUGGGCUUGUAUUAAAAUGCAAGAAGAACAGUAUGAACAGAGCAUAUGUCUGGGAUUCAUGAAGCUUAUGAAAUAUAUUUGUGAGCAGAACUCUUCAGGAUUGUACUUGGGGAUGACUAUACCCAUUGUGACUCUAGUGCAUACUAACGAAACUCACUCAGAGAUAACACGUUCAGUGACAGUCGCAUACUACCUGCCUGAACUACUGCAGGAGCAGCCACCUCAGCCUUAUGAUUCUGACAUAAUUAUUGAAGAGUGGCCUCCUACUGUUGUUUAUACUAGGAGCUUCAGAGGGGUCACCAAUGAAGACUCUAUAAUGAGAGAAAUAAACUUCUUGGCAGAACUUCUGGAGAGCCCUGAGCUAUGUUUGCAGAAUAUAUUCAUUGUUGCAGGAUACACCAAUCCAGCUGCUGCAAAUCGACACAAUGAAAUAUGGUUCCUGCAAAGACCGUAG